UAUUAUAACUUGUAUUACCUUGACAAAACAACCUGAGAGAGUUAAUUCUGUCCACAGCUCCAAUCAUGCUGCUUUAUUCUGAUGUUUAUCUUCUGAUUUUGUUGUCAGGACUCCAGGCUGAAGGAAAACUCAACUCAACAGAGUCUGUCAGGUUGGUGGGAGGAGACAGUUGCUGUGCAGGAACACUGGAGGUGAAACAUGGAGGAGAAUGGAGACCAGUGGAUGAAGACUAUAACUCUAUCUGGACCCUGAAGACAGCAGGAGCUGCCUGCAGAGAGUUAGACUGUGGUUCUGCUGUUUCUCUAGAAUGGAGAGAGGAGUCCUCAGUCAGAUCUGUGUGGAAGAUCAGCUCUGACUGUGUCCAGUCUGGAUCUGCUCUGAGGGAGUGUGCAUCUUCACGUUCCUCUCCGUUUAUCCUGGGUCUCGUCUGUUCAAACUCUGUCAGGCUGGUGAAUGGGACCAGUCUGUGCUCAGGCAGACUGGAGCAUAAGUCUGACCAGUCUAACCAGAGCUGGUCCUCAGUGUGUGAAGCUGACUUUGACCAGCAGGAUGCAGAGGUGGUCUGCAGGGAGCUUGGCUGUGGGGCUCCUUCAGUCCUCCAGGGGGCGCUCUAUGGAGAAGGGGAGGCUCCAAUGUGGACCAAAGAGUUCCAGUGUGGAGGAAAUGAGUCUGCUCUCCUGGACUGUAGAAGCUCAGGCUCAGAUAGAAACACCUGCUCACCUGGCAGAGCUGUUGGACUCACCUGCUCAGAGCCUGUCAGGUUGGUGGGAGGAGACAGUCGCUGUGCAGGAACACUGGAGCUGAAACAUGAAGGAGACUGGAGACCAGUGGAUGACCGUUUCUCUGUCUGGAACCUGAAGACAGCAGCAGCUGCCUGCAGAGCCUUAGGCUGUGGUUCUGCUGUUUCUCUAGAACGGAGAGAGGAGUCCUCAAACAGAUCUGUGUGGGUGAUCAGCUCUGACUGUGACCAGUCUGGAUCUGCUCUGAGGGACUGUGCAUCUUCAUCUUCAUAUUCCUCUUGGUCUAUCCUGGAUUUCGUGUGUUCAGACCUGCUGCUUCAGCCCAACAUCUCCUGGUCCUCCUCCAUGGACGGGGUCUCUGAGGCCCAGCAGCAGCAGCAUCAGGAGGAGUUUCGGGUUUUCAGAGGCUCCACCUUCACUAUCAGCUGCUCCAUCCAGCCUCAGUACCCAGGAGGCUCCUUCCAGCUCUCCUUCACCUCCUCCACCUCAGCAAUCAACUACACCCAGCCAGCUGUCAAUCACUCUGCUGACUUCCUGUUUCCUAACCUCACCCAGCCAGCUGUCAAUCACUCUGCUGACUUCCUGUUUCCUAACCUCACCCAGCCAGCUGUCAAUCACUCUGCCCACUUCCUGUUUCCUGCUGCAGAGCCCGCCCACCAAGGAAGCUACAGCUGUGUUUAUCACGUCCAUGUUUUCUCUCAUAACUUCUCCUCUGAGAGCCGUCAGCUCUCUGUCUCUGUUGUAGAUCCACCAGAUCCACCAGAUCCGAGACCUUUUAUCAUCAGAGCGGUCGUCCUGCCGCUGAUUCUGCUGGUGGCGAACAUUGCCUCUUACUUCUAUUUUAAGACCCACAGGGUCUACAGGGUCUACAGGGUGCAGAAGCCCUGCAGACGGGAGGACGUGGAGCUGGAUUAUUAUAACCUGGGUGUUCCUGCAGCUGAAGGAGGGCCGACUGAAGAAUAA